CUUUAGUAAUCAAAUCAUCUUUAACUUCACGAUUGCUGGAGACUCUUCAUCAUUUUGCAGGGGAGAAGUCCAAAUUCAAUUUACAACCAGUAAGCAGUGAGAAGAUCAUGAGGUCUACACCUACAACAAAUCAGCAGCAGCAGCAGAAGCCACAUGCUGUGAUACUGCCAUUCCCAGCUCAAGGCCAUGUCAACCCACUAAUGCAACUAGCCAAGCUCUUACAUUCCAAAGGCUUCCACAUCACCUUCGUCAACACCGAGCACAACCACAGGCGCCUGGUCCGAACCAGAGGCCCUGAAUCCGUCAAGGGUCUCCCCGAUUUCCAGUUUCGAGCGAUCCCCGAUGGGCUGCCGCCGUCGGACAAGGAUGCCACUCAAGACCCUCCUGCCAUUUCUCACGCCACGCAGAACUACUGCCUGCAACCAUUCAUGGAGCUGAUGGGAAAGCUCAAUUCAACUAGCUCUGCGGGAUUUCCUCCAGUUACAUGUAUGGUUUCAGAUGGAAUCAUGACCUUAGGGAUCAAAGCUGCCGAAUUGUUGGGGAUCCCCCACGCUACCUUCUGGACUGCCUCGGUUUGUGGGCUCAUGGGUUAUUUGCAGUUUGGUGAGCUCAUUGGAAGAGGCAUAUCUCCUCUCAAAGAGGCCAAUUUCACGGAUGGAACACUUGAGAUGCCUUUGGAAUGGAUUCAAGGAAUGAACAAUAUCCGUCUGAGGGAUCUACCAAGCUUCGCAACAACGACUGAUGCGGAAGAUAUAAUGUUCAAUCACCUGAAAACUGAAGCAGAGAACUCGAUGAAAUCGAACGCGAUUAUCUUCAACACUUUCGACGCAUUUGAGGAACAAGUGCUAGCCGCUAUUAGGACCAAGUUUCCUCGUGAGAUCUACACAAUCGGUCCACUCCACUUGCUUGGUAACGCGAUGUCGGAGCCCAAAAGCACUGAAACUAGCUCCAUCAGUUCAAACUUCUGGAAAGAAGACCGUGAGUGUACGAAAUGGCUCGAUGGAAGAGAGCCGCAGUCGGUCGUUUAUGUCAACUACGGAAGCGUGACAGUCAUGUCCGAAGAGCACAUGAAGGAGUUCGCGUGGGGGCUCGCAGAGAGCAAGCGCCCGUUUCUUUGGAUUGUGAGAGGAGACGUUGCAAUGGGGGAUUCAGCAAUGUUACCACCGGAGUUUCUGAAGGAAAUCGAGGGUCGUGGGUGCUUAGCUAGUUGGUGCACGCAGCAGGAAGUGCUCUCGCAUCCUGCUGUGGGCGCUUUCCUGACACAUUGUGGAUGGAAUUCGGUGAUGGAGAGUGUCUCGGCUGGCGUCCCUAUGAUAUGUUGGCCCUUUUUCGCGGAACAGCAGACGAACUGCAGAUAUGCUUGCAGCGAGUGGGGGAUUGGGGUGGAGCUGAGCCACGAUGUGAAGAGGAAUGAGGUUGUGGAUGCGAUUGAGGAGAUGAUGAGUGGAGAGGAAGGGAAGGCGAUGAAGCGUAAGGCCCUGGAGUGGCGAAAGAAAGCGAGGGAAGCUGUUGGAGUUGAAGGGUCUUCCUUGAAUAAUUUCAUGAGAUUCGUUGAAGAUCAUAGUCAUUGAUACAGAAGGGCACGAGUGUGAAGAGAGCAUAAUCCUUGUGUUAAUUAUGUCUUUGCAUUCUGAUAUCAUUGUAAUUUGAUAUGAGUAGUGCCUGCCCGCCCAGAGAAGGGAAUCAACUCUAUCUCACUUUCUUUUAUACAUGAAACGU